GCUGCUUUACUCCGCGAACUACGGUGGUGCAAACAUCGUCCGCCUGUUUCUUUGUUUUAUUCAAUAAGGGCUUUCAGAAGUUGACAACCGCUACAAUGCAGUCUGAAUCGGGAAUAGUUCCAGACUUUGAGGUAGGAGAGGACUUCCAGGACGAACCUAAAACAUACUACGAGUUGAAGAGUCAGCCCCUGAAAAACAGCAGGCCGUCGGACCAGCAUGGCUCCUCUAAGCCCCCGCUGAGCUCCAUGACAUCACGCAUCCUGCUGCGGCAACAGCUAAUGCGGGAACAGCUCCAGGAGCAGGAGCGGCGGGAACAGCAGAGACAACAGUCCUCCCACUACCCACAAACCACAGCGACCCAGACCCCUGCCAUCAAUGUCAGUGUCCCUGUCAGUGCACCAGCUGGAGCACAGGUGCCAAUGGAAGUGCUUAAGGUCCAGACUCAUUUGGAAAACCCGACCAAGUACCACAUCCAGCGCUCCCAGCAACAGCAGGUGAAGCGGUACCUGGGAAAGCUUGGUUCCCAGGCAUUGAGCUUGCCCUGCCCCAACCAGUCCUCUGACCACGGGGGCAUGCCGCCAGGGCCGGGCAACAGUGCCCCCAACAGCCCUAUGGCCUUACUGACCCUCAACUCUAACUGCGAGAAAGAGAUGGAUGAUGUCAUUGACGACAUUAUUAGUCUGGAGUCCAGUUACAGUGAUGAUAUUCUUGGCUUGAUGGAUCCUGGACUUCAGAUGGCAAACACGAUCCCUGUACCUGCUAACCUCAUGGACAUGUAUGGUAAUCAGGGCAUCCCCCAGCAGGGCCUGCCCAUCAGUAACUCCUGCCCUGCCAACCUGUCCGACAUCAAAAGGGAAUACUCAGUGUCUCAAUCCCCGGCCAUCAUGCACAUGCUGGACAAGUCUGGAUCCUGUGGAAAAUUUGACACCUAUCAAAGGCCUGAGGGAUUCCCUGUGGCUGAGGUAAGAGCCCUCGCGAAGGAAAGACAGAAGAAGGACAACCAUAAUUUAAUUGAAAGAAGACGACGGUUUAACAUCAACGAUCGUAUCAAGGAGUUGGGAACUUUGAUUCCAAAAUCCAGUGACCCAGACAUGCGCUGGAACAAAGGCACCAUCCUGAAAGCAUCAGUGGACUAUAUCCGAAAGCUGCAGCGGGAGCAGCAGAGGGCCAAAGAGCUGGAGAACCGCCAGAAGAAGCUGGAGCACGCCAACCGACAUUUGAUGCUCAGAAUACAGGAGUUGGAGAUGCAUGCUCGGGCUCACGGUCUGGCCAUCACAUCCUCAGCACUCUGCUCUGCUGAAGUUGGGGUGCGGCCCAUCAAGCAGGAGCCCGCUUUGGAGGACUGUCACCAAGACCAGUACACGCUUCACCCCCAUCACCAACACCACCACGCCUGCACUCCUGAGCAACCCAGCACCCUGGAGCUAAAGGAAGGUCCCUCCAACUUCCCUGAGGGCCACUACAUCGGCAUUCACAACAAAGCUGGUUCCAAACUCAAUGACAUCCUCAUGGAAGACAACUUAUCACCUGUCAGAGGUGGGGACCCUUUGCUCUCUUCCGUCUCCCCAGACGCUUCAAAGGACAGCAGUCGCAAGAGCAGUUUCAGCAUGGAUGAGAAUGAAGAGGAUUGUUAGCGCUCCCUAGUGUGAUAUACACCUCCCCCGUAUCUUUAAUCCCUCCAUCUUGCCAGAAAAUAAGAGGCUAACACCGCUGCAAAUCUUCUUUGUUAUUUUUUUUUUUUUUUUACCUUUCUUCUCAUUUUUGUUUACAUGUUGUGUUUCCUCCAUUUUUAUUCUUCUUUUCUAUCAUUUUUGUCUUUCCAAGCCUAUAACCUUGAUUACAAGGACUUAUGCGAAAGUAUUUUCUUUAAUCAGUGCUUUGAUGACAAUGAGUUACAAAAAAUAGAUGUUUUUAUAUUUGAAAACUAUACAUUUAUCUUUCGAUAGAGAUUAGAUCGAGUUUUUUUCUAUUGAUUCCAAAGAAUCUGGGGAAACUAUAAAUCACAGUCAGCGGUUUAGAUAUUUGUGGUGAGUUAAACACUUAUUUGAAAAUCAGCAAUAAUAGAAGGAAGGAUAUUUAUUACUAUAGUGCUUUACACUCCUUGUGUCUUAGAUUGAACUUGAAUGUGCCGAUGCCUUAUUAUGAAGUUUGUACAUCAUUGUUGUAUUGCUAUGCACACAUUAUCUGAUUCCCUGUCAGUCUUCCAGUUGAAAUUACUUGCUUGAUAGAUAUUAAUCAUUUGUAAACUGUAUCCUAUUUAUGACUCUUUAUAGACAUAAUUUUAUCUAAACAUUCCCCUGAAAAAUGUAUUUAUACAAAAAAGCGUAGAGAGAAACUGAAAUGAUACAUAAACAAUUAACUACCCAAAAACUCCUUUGAGAUACAGGGGUUGGACAAUGAAACUGAAAAACCUGUCAUUUUAGUGUGGGAGGUUUCAUGGCUAAAUUGGACCAGCCUGGUAGCCAGUCUUCAUUGAUUGCACAUUGCACCAGU